AUGGAAGGAGCUAACACCAAGACAUCUAACCCGAAUGAAAUAAUUUCACCGCCAGAACAAUUAUCUGUAGAUCAGGACCCUCCAAUUGACGAGGAAGUUGUCAAGGAUGAAACAGAAAAAGCAAACAAAGCAAUUAGCAAUGCUGUUUCCACUUCUACGAUUGACUGGACUCCAAGCGAGAAUUUGGACCUCAGCGAUGUCAAGACGAAGCCUCCACCAAGAAAAUCUGUGGAUCCAUCUUUAAGAGGAUGGAGGGAAGUAGGUGGUUGGGAAGAAAAAGAUGCAUUGACUUUGGAGGAUGAAGUCACGGACUUGUUAUCGAAGGCUUCUGUCUUUGAUAACUACCUUCCUCAAGUAGCUUUCGGUGACUGGUAUCACAAUGUAGGCUACUUGAUCUUAGGAGGGCUCUUAUCAUGGAUAUUUGGUUGGUUCAGGUUUUCUCUUGCUCCUGUGUUUUUCAUCAUGUUGAUAUUUUCGGUAUUAUAUCGUUCUUCGGUUCGAAAAUACAGAAUCACUUUGAGGGAGCAGGCUCAAAGAGAAUUUUCUAUCAAGCUGAUUGAAAAUGACUACGAAACUAUGAACUGGUUAAACAACUUUUUGGAAAAGUUCUGGUUUUACUUGGAGCCUUCUAUUUCUCAAAUUGUAUGUGAGCAAGUCAACCCCAUUUUAGCAAGCUCGCCCGCUCCCGCUUUCAUUAAGGCUUUAUGGAUCGAUUGUUUCACAGCAGGAACAAAGGCUCCUCGCAUUGACGCUGUCAAGACUUUGCAUGGUACUGCCGAUGACGUUGUUGUUAUGGACUGGGGUUUUUCCUUCAUUCCGAAUUCAUUGGCUGAUUCUAAUUCGAAACAGUUGAAAAAUAAUGUUGACCAAAAGCUCGUCGUUAAAGCUAAUUUAUUUGGGUUUACGAUCCCAGUUGCAAUUUCGGACGUUUCUUUCAAAGGUCUUGCAAGAAUUAGAUUGAGAAUGAUGUCAUCGUUUCCUCAUAUUGAAACUGCAAAUGUAACAUUAUUGGAACCACCACAAUUCGAUUUCAAUUGCAGGCUUUUAGGAGAUUCUGUAUUCAAUUGGGAAGUAUUAGGUUUUCCAGGUUUAUAUCCGUUUAUUAAUGAAAUGGUAAAGAAGUAUGCUGGCCCAAUGGUAUUCACACCAUUAUCGUUCCAAGUCAAUGUUCAACAGUUGAUUGCAGGAAAUGGAUUAGAUUCGUCGAUUGGUGUGUUAGCAAUCACUGCUCAUUCUGCAAGAGGUUUGAAGGCAUUUAGUACAAUCGGCAACACAUUAGAUCCUUACUUGACUUACGGUUUCCAAUCGAACGUCCUAGAGAAGACGGGUGUUAAAAGCAAUACUAGCCAGCCUGUAUGGAAUGAAACCAAGUAUAUUACUGUUAAGUCUCUUUCUGAGCCGUUGAAUAUAGCUGUUAUUGAUUAUAAUGAUUAUAGAAAGGACAAACAGGUUGGCUCUAUUCAAUUUGACUUGGAAGCUCUCCACGAUGAUCCUAAGCAAACUAAUAUUAGCGCUCCGUUCAUCAGAAAUAACAAGCCAGUGGGUGAACUUAAUUUUAGUUUGCACUUCAUGCCUACUAUUGAGCCAGAGAAACAAGCAGAUGGUGCUAUUGUACCGCCACCAGAUUUGAAUACUGGUAUUGCAAGAAUUGAAAUCGCUGGAGCUAGAAACUUGAAAGAUGGCGAAAAGCCACCAUCUACUUAUGCUGAAUUGUAUUUUAAUAAUGAAAAGGUUCUCACUACUGCGACUCAAAAAGGUACUGCGACGCCAGGCUGGGCCUCAAGCUACGAGAAGAUUGUUGGAGAUCGUAUCAAAUCUAAAGUACGUAUUGUUGUGAAAACUAAGGAUGAUAAGGUUUUGGGACAAUUGCAUGCUACUUUGAACGAAUUAAUUGAUGCUACCCAAGUCGAACUGAAUUGGUUUCCCUUGUCCAAAGGUGGUGAGGUUAGGAUUCCCGCAACAUGGAAGCCGGUUGCUCUUGCUGGAGCGAGCGGUGCUGGAGGAUAUGCUCCUCCCAUUGGAGUGGUUAGGAUCAGUGUUGACAAUGCUGAAGAUUUAAGAAAUUUAGAACAUGUUGGAAAAGUUGAUCCUUAUGUUAGGCUCAUGGUCAAUGGUUUCCAAAGAGCCAGGACUGUGGCUAAGGAUUCAACCUUAAAUCCUACGUGGAAUGAGAUUCAUUAUGUUAGUGUCUCAUCUCCUAAUCAAAAAUUGACCGUUGAAGUUAUGGACGUGGAGGCGCAUUCUCCUGAUCGUACUUUAGGUUCUUUUGAUGUCAAAUUGAGUGAUAUAAUUAGUAAGAACGAGAAGGGUCUCUAUAUCGAAUAUGAAGAUCCGGAAAAGAGACAAUCUAAGCUCAUUCAUAAAAAGGGACCAAAAGGAACAGUAACUUACUCUCUUUCUUUCUAUCCUACAUUGCCAGUAAUGACUUUGGAAGACAUAAGACAAGAAGAGGAAGAUAAGGCCAGAAAAGAAGAACAGAAGAAGAAAGCUGCUGAGAUGAGCGCAGAAGAAGCCAAACUGAAGAAAGACAACGCUGAGGCUAACACAAAGAAAAAAGAAGCUGAAGGAGCUGUUAAGGAUAAUGAUGAUGAUGAUGAUGAUGACGAAGAAAGUGCUGGAAGUCGUAAAUUAAAAUUAUCAUUGGAGGAGCUUAUUAAUUAUAAAAGCGGUGUCUUGGCUUUCGAACUUAUAGAUGCAAAAUUGCCAAAGGAGGACGUAUAUUUACAAGUCUUCACAGAUACGCAUGGCCAUUGUGAGUACGUUACUCAAAAGUUGAAGAGCAGACAUGCGAAGAUUGGCACAACUGGUGAUGCAAUUAUUAAAGAGUUGAAUGAUUCCAAAAUAUGUUUCAGACUCACAAAGAACAAGGAUGACAAUAGAGUCGCAAAAGUGUUAGCUGAAUUAACCAUGCCAACGGAGGAUUUAUUAAAAAAGUCUCUCAACGAAGAAGGCUCUAUUACUUUGACGGGUGCAAGCGAGGCUACUUUUAGGCUUCAGUGCUCUUGGAUUCCAAUCAUAUAUGAGCAUGCCGUCCCACCCCAGGAUUCAUUUAAGAAUUCUGGUAACUUAACUGUUACUGUUGUUCGUGCAGAAAACUUGAUUCUGGCUGAUAGAAACGGUAAAUCUGAUCCAUACUUCAAGUUGUACUUAAAUUCUGAAAAGGAUGCAUUCUUGAAAACUAAGAAAGUCAAGAGAUCUCUUGAUCCUAGUUUCAACCAGAGUGGAACUGUUGAAGUUCCUAACAAGUACGAUUCAAUAAUAAAGGCAGUCUGUUACGAUUGGGAUGUGGGUCCAGAAAAGGAUGAUUUACUAGGAAUAGGAAAUAUAAAGUUGUCAAAUGUUCCGGUUAAUGGCGAUGAAAUUGAAGUUUCUGUUCCUUUGAUUUGCGAGGACGACAGUUCUGGUGGUACUGCUUACUUCAAGCUUUCCUUCAACCCAGCCUGGAUUGUCAAUGUAGAGGGUGAAAGCUCACAUAUCGGUGGAGCCAUUGGCAGUGUGGGAAAUAUGGGUAAAGGCGUUGGAAAAGGUGUAGGUAAGGGUGUCGGAAAGGGUUUUGGCGGCGGAGCAAAGAUAAUCAAAAAGGGUCUCCAUCUUUCAAAAUAG